UACCCUUCCUCAUUUCAACGCAUUGCAGACCAAACCCAUCCCAUCGCCUCUCUCGUCCCCCACCUAAACUCUCUCUCUCUCUCUCUCUCUCUCUCUCUCACACUCAUGGCCACUGACGAAGACUCUAGUCUCCCCUUCCUCCCCCCGUACCCCGAGAUGAUUCUGGCGGCGAUCUCGGCGCUGGACGAGAAGAGCGGGUCGAGCAAAUCGGCGAUAUUGAAGCACAUCGACGCGGCGCAUGGGGAUCAGCUGCCGCCGUCGCACGAGUCGCUGCUGGCGGCGCACCUCACCCGCAUGACGGAGGCCGGCGAGCUUGUCUUCGUCGACAACUGCUACCUCCGCGCCAGCCCCGACGUUCCGCCGCCCCCCAAGCGCGGCCGCGGCCGCCCACCCAAGCCCAAGCUCUCCCUCUCCCCCGACGGUCCCCGCCGCCCGCGCGGCCGCCCUCCAAAGCCCCGAGACCCCACCGCUCCCGUCAAGGGGACCCGCCCCCGUGGUCGCCCCCCCAAGAAGCCCAGAGCCGCCUCGGCUUCCGCCGACGCCGGUCCCAAGAGGCCGCGCGGCCGGCCGCCCAAGGUAAGGCCCCAGUUUGCCGAAGUGGGGUUUGUAUGAGGCCUCUUGAGAGGGUUAUCGAGGGGAAAUGGUACCAAGUUGGGAGCUUUUGGUGUUUUCCUUGGGAAAAAGGUGAAAUUGGCGCAGACGUAGGAGUGUUUGUGCUUGAAGGAUCGUCGAAGGGAUCGUUGGUUUGUUAUUUGCAUGUAUGUUAAGCAAAGAUGAUGUUUUCAUUGAAAAUCGGUAAUCGGUAUUUUCUGACCUUUACGUUCCUUCAGUGAGUCUGUUUUCUGUCUUUAUUUUUUCUUUUUUUCCAUAAUUAAGAAGAGUACUUGCUCCAAUUGUAGCCACCGUGCCGAUGAAUUGUGUUGUGUUGUAGUUAAGAUGCUAAUUUUAAGUGAUGACUGUGAGGCAUGAUGUUACUUAGAAGAAAAAGAUAUUUCCCUACACUUUAAUAUGCUAUAUUUACUUUUCUAAGCCA